CUUAUCCGUUUAUAAUUUCUUCAUGCCAUAUGGUAUAUAUCAAUGUUCCUUCAUGUUAACAAAAGGCAGCCCCAAUCUUUUGUUCUACUUCAAACAAUUUUUCUUACCUUGAGACUUAUGACAGAUGCCAACCCCAAGUGUGAAGGGCGAAGGGUGAAGGAAGAUAGAUAAGCGAUACUAGCUCAAGGGAUUUGUUGCAAUUGUGAGUUUCGUUUUGCUCACCAAUUAGCAUGCAGAUUCAGAUUCAGGCUUAUUGCUUUGGUUUUCAGAUAUGAGCUCCUUCCAGCUCCUUCAAGCCACUCCGCUCUCCUCCGCUGGGCACGCCCCAUCAAAGCCACGCCUCCAUUCACCACUUGAAGCCCUACAAACAUGCUCCUCCAUGGCCCACCUCAAGCAACACCACUCCCACCUCAUCAAGCUCGGCCUUUCCGCUGACAAUGAUGCCAUGGGCCGCAUCAUCAAGUUCUGUGCCAUCUCCGAAAACGGACAUCUCGACUAUGGCCUGCACCUGUUCGAUACAUUGCCUCAGCCUGAUGCUUUCAUUUACAAUACCCUCAUCAGAGGUUACUUGCAACGCCAACAACCUACCCACUGCAUUCUUUUCUACUUGCAAAUGUUGCAACACUCUGUUUUUCCUAAUAAAUUCACUUUCCCUUGUCUCAUACGAGCUUGUUCCCUUGCUAAUGCCAUUGAACAAGGGAGCCAAAUCCAUGCCCACGUAUUUAAGUUCGGGUUUGCCGCAGAUACCUUUUGUCUCAACAAUUUGAUACAUAUGUAUGUAAAUUUCCAGGCUUUGGAGAAAGCUAGGAAGGUCUUUGAGAUGAUGCCUACCAGAGAUGUUGUUUCUUGGACCACUUUAAUAAGUGGGUAUGCUCAAUUAGGUCUUGUUGACGAGGCUUUUGAGAUUUUUGAGCUAAUGCAGGAAAGGAAUUCCGUUUCUUGGAACGCCAUGAUUGCUGCUUAUGUGCAGAGCAACCGCUUUCAUGAAGCUUUUGCUUUGUUUAAUAGGAUGAGGGCUGAGAAGGUGGUGCUGGAUAAGUUCGUGGCAGCUAGUAUGUUGUCAGCGUGUACCGGGUUAGGAGCACUUGAGCAAGGCAAGUGGAUACAUGGAUAUAUCCAAGAUAGUAGGAUUGAACUCGACGCAAAACUUGCUACAACUAUUAUUGACAUGUACUGCAAAUGCGGGUGCUUGGAAAAAGCUUAUGAAACUUUUAAAGGUCUGACUUGUAGGGGGAUUUCUUCGUGGAAUUGCAUGAUUGGAGGCUUUGCAAUGCAUGGAAAGGGGGAGGCUGCCAUUGCGCUUUUCAAGGAGAUGGAGAAGGAAGGGGUGGCUCCCGAUAACAUUACCUUUGUGAAUAUCCUUAGUGCAUGUGCUCAUUCAGGGUUGGUUGAGGAAGGCCGCUAUUACUUCCACUACAUGACUGAAGUUCAUGCAAUUGAACGCAGAAUGGAGCAUUAUGGAUGCAUGGUUGAUUUGCUUGGAAGAGCUGGAUUACUAGAUGACGCAAAAAAGCUAAUUGAUCAGAUGCCCAUGAGCCCUGACGUAGGUGUACUAGGUGCUCUUUUUGGGGCUUGUAGGAUCCAUGGAAAUAUUGAGCUGGGAGAGCAGAUAGGAAAGAGAGUAAUUGAACUGGAGCCGGAGAAUAGUGGACGCUAUGUGUUAUUGGCUAAUCUGUAUGCCAACACCGGCAGAUGGGAAGAUGUGGCUAAUGUGAGGAGAAUGAUGAAUGACAGAGGAGUGAAGAAGGUUCCUGGCUUCUCUGUCAUUGAAUUGGAAGGUGUUGUUAAUGAAUUUAUUGCUGGAGGAAGGGCGCAUUCUGAAACUAAAGAGAUAUAUUCCAAAGUUGAUGAGAUGCUGGAAUGUAUAAGAUCUGUUGGGUACGUUCCUGACACUGAAGGAGUAGUACAUGACCUUGAUGAGGAGGAAAGGGAGAACCCUUUAUACUAUCACAGUGAGAAGCUUGCGAUUGCCUUGGGAUUGUUGAAGACAAAAACAGGGGAAACUUUUCGCAUCACAAAAAAUCUUCGAGUUUGUAGAGACUGUCACCAUGCUAGCAAGCUUAUCUCAAAGGUUUUUGAUCGUGAAAUAAUUGUCAGGGACAGGAAUCGGUUUCACCAUUUCAAAGAUGGGGAGUGUUCUUGUAAAGAUUACUGGUAGUCGAGGUCGGUGGCGGACUGAUUACCACUUAGGAUUUACCUGAACAGAUAGAGAGUGAAUGAAAUGUUUACGUAUCCCCAAGAACCGACUGCAUUUACUUGUACAUGUAGAGCUACAAGUCAUACAGUUCUAAUAAACAUGUUAUUUUUGUACCACUAGUUUAAUUUGCGGCCUUGAAUCUGUUUGUCAGGUUUGUCGUUGAGUGAUUCUGUGUCUGAAUUCCCUCUGGGUUUUAUUGUCAAUUUACUUCACUGAA